AUGGCUGUGCUUAAUGGGAAGUCUGUCUUGGAUAUGAUUAAAGAGUUCAGAAGGAACUGGCACACUUUUUGUAACUCUGAGAGAACUACUGUAUGUGGUGCAGACUCCAUGCUCUUGGCAUUGCAGCUUUCCAUGGCAGAGAACAACAAACAGUACAGUGGAGAAUUUACAGUCUCUCUCAGCGAUGUCUUACUGACCUGGAAAUACUUACUACAUGAGAAAUUGAACUUACCAGUUGAAAAUAUGAAAGUGAUUGACCGUUAUGAGAACAUUAGGAAGAUUUAUGAUGAUUUCUUAAAGAACAGUAACAUGUUAGAUAUGAUUGAUGUUUAUAAAAAAUGUAAUGUUUUGACUUCUAAUUAUGAAAAUUAUGCGAACAUAUCUCCUGUAAGU